AGUGUCCUUCCUCGGCGCCGGUAGUUGAGCUUAUUCUCCGCUGACAGGAAGUGGCUGGUCCUUUUCCGCAGACUCCAACAUGGCCCGAGGACCGAAGAAGCAUCUGAAGCGCGUCGCAGCUCCUAAACACUGGAUGCUGGACAAACUCACUGGAGUGUUUGCUCCUCGUCCCUCCACCGGUCCCCACAAACUGAGGGAGUGCCUGCCCCUCAUCAUCUUCCUGAGGAACCGUCUCAAGUACGCUCUGACCGGAGAUGAGGUCAAGAAGAUCUGCAUGCAGAGGUUCAUCAAGAUCGAUGGCAAGGUCCGCACUGAUGUCACCUACCCCACUGGCUUCAUGGAUGUGGUCAGCAUUGAGAAGACUGGCGAGAACUUCAGACUGAUCUAUGAUGUCAAGGGUCGCUUUACAGUUCACCGCAUCACAAAUGAGGAGGCCAAGUACAAAUUGUGCAAGGUGAGGAAAAUCCUCAUUGGCACAAAGGGAAUCCCUCAUCUGGUGACCCAUGAUGCCCGCACCAUCCGUUACCCUGAUCCUAUGAUCAAGGUCAACGACACCGUCCGCAUUGACCUGGACACUGGCAAAAUUACAGAUUUCAUCAAGUUUGAGACAGGCAACAUGUGCAUGGUGACUGGAGGUGCUAACUUGGGGCGUAUUGGUGUGAUCACCAAUAGAGAGAAGCAUCCUGGCUCUUUUGAUGUGGUGCAUGUUAAAGACAGCACUGGCAACAGCUUUGCCACCAGGCUCUCCAACAUUUUCGUCAUUGGCAAGGGCAACAAGCCAUGGGUGUCCCUGCCCCGUGGAAAGGGUAUCCGCCUGACCAUUGCUGAGGAGAGAGACAAGAGGCUGUCUGCCAAACAGAGCAGCAGCUAAGUCAACAGCCUAGCAAACACCUUGAUUUAUAAUAAUAAAAAAAAUAUUUACAAAUACA